AUGUCAAUCGAAAACGCAACCGAGUUGCAACCACUUCAAAACGAUCCGGAAAAGGAAACUGAAGAAGUUGUCGAAGAUGUUCCACCAGAGGAUAGUGGAAAUCUCGUCUUCUACAUCAUUCUUCUUCAUGGAAUUGGAACUUUGAUGCCAUGGAAUAUGUUUAUCAACAUCUCAUAUGAUGUAAGUUCAUUUUAUGAUUUUUUAUUUAGAUCUAGAUCAAUCAUCAGAUAAAAAACUUUCUCCAAAAUAAUUUUGCAGUACUAUGAGACAUUCAAAAUGCUUGCCAAUGCUACAAUUCAUCCAGCAAAUGGAGCUGUUGUUGGUGGAGUUGCUACAGUUUUCUCUUCUAACUUCCAAAACUAUCAAACGAUUGCUGCACAAGUGCCAAACCUUCUUCUUAAUUUUAUCAACAUUUUUGUUGUCGUCCAGUAAGUUUAUCAGCGCCUCUUAAAUUCAAAAUUUCUUAUCAACAUUCAAAAUGACCUUAUAUGAUUUACAUCGUUGAACAGAUUUGACCACGUUUUUUCAGUUGAUAGACAAGAUAAUAUCUCUCCAAAAUAAACAUGUGCGCAAUAAAUCACACCGAUCUUUGAGAUUAGAAAAAAACUAAUUGUAAAUAAAAACAAAUAAAAAAGACAAAAAAUAUUAUUAAAAAUCUGGAUUUUCAGAGGUGGUCUCGUCAAACGUAUUGCUGUUUCCUUGAUUGUCGUUGCUGUUGCUGUUAUCUCUACGAUGUCUUUCAUUUAUGUCGACACUUCAACAUGUAAGAUAUCUCUCAAACUUGCACUUUUUUAGUGAUCAAAAACGUGUGCAAUGUAUCAUAUGUCGUCGAUUAAAUGAAAACGAGCAUCUGUCAUUUUUUCACAAAAGACGAAACAAAAAAAAGAUUGAAAGUUUUUUUGCAGGGGUUCCAACAUUCUUCACCAUCACAAUUUUAACAAUCAUCAUUCUCAAUGGUGCCAACGGAAUUUAUCAAAACAGUAUCUUCGGACUUGCAUCGGAUUUCCCAUUCAAAUAUACCAAUGCUGUUAUCAUUGGUAACAACCUUUGCGGAACUUUUGUCACUUUGUUGAGCAUGGCCACAAAAGCUUUCACCAAAAAUGUUCUUGAUCGUGCUUUUGCCUACUUCUCAAUUUCAUUGAUCACACUUGCUUUCUGCUUCGGAUCAUUCUUCUUGCUUAAAACCAAGGUAUAUCACUUUUAGGAAUCAAAGAUGAGCUCAAAUCAUCACAGCUUUUGCCAUUCAAAUCAAAAUCUGAAUAACAAGUUUUUUUCAGCCAUUCUUCCGUUAUUACACCAACAAAGCUGCCAAACAACGUUCAAAGAAUGCUGAAACAUCUGAAGAAGCCGGACUCCAAAAAUACAUUGCUACAUUCAAAGAGGCUUUCCCACAACUCAUCAAUGUUUUCUUGGUCUUCUUCGUGACUUUGUCAAUCUUCCCAGGAAUUAUGAUGUACGUCAGAGAUGAACCAAAAGGAGGACAAUACAGCUUCGUAUUGCCAGGUGAGAUUAUAGAAAAGAAAAAAAGGCCCUUGUAAAGAUGAAAAAUUAGGGGAACCUUCCGAAAAGGGUGACAUAAACCCUGGAGCCAAUUUUGAAUUUUGAAAUUUUUUUACAUUCAUCACAAAUUUUUGAGUCCCAGAUAUUUUGAUGAAUUCCCCUGACACUAUUUUUAUUUCAAAAAACAUUUCUCGAUAAAUAGCUAUUCUCAUUAUAAUUUUAUCAUGAAGCACUUUUUACCCAAAAUAGCUCAAUCAAAGCUUUUUCUAAAAAUACAUCAAAAACAUAUAAUUUUGGCCUGUUCAAACAACAAAUUUCAAUUUUCAGAGAAAUAUUUUAUGGACAUCACCACAUUCUUGUCAUUCAAUGUUUUCGCAUUCAUCGGAUCACUUGUUGCUGGAAAAGUUCAAUACGUAAGUUAACCUGAUUCUUAAAAACGUUUUUCCACCUAAUUCCAUAUUUUUUCAGCCAGCUCCAAAUCGUCUCUGGAUUCCAGUCUAUGCUCGUCUUUUGUACAUUCCAUUCUUCGCAAUGUGCAAUUACAUGCCAGAGACUAGAACUUUCCCAGUCUGGUUCCCAUCAACCUGGUUGUUCAUAAUCGUCGGAGCAACAAUGAGUUUUGGAAGUGGAUAUUUCAGUGGACUUGCUAUGAUGUACACACCAAACAGUGUUCAUCCUUCGCGCGCUCAAACCGCUGGAAUGAUGGCUGGAUUCUUCCUCAUCUUCGGAAUCGUCUCUGGACUUCUCUUCACUUUGAUUGUCAAGACAAUCAUCACCGCAUAA